CCGGGGCGGAGCGUCGGUCGGGCCCCGCCCACCGCUGCCCUUUUCUGCCGGGCGCCAGGAGCCUCGUAGGCCUGACAGGAACCCGCGGCGGGCGGGCGAGCGAGCGGGCGCAGCUGAGGCUUGAGCGCCGGCGCGGGCUGCUGGGCCCGGCACCCUUCCGCCUCCUCGGACAUGGUGGCCCCCGGCUCCGUGACCAGCCGGCUGGGCUCAGUGUUCCCCUUCCUGCUGGUGCUGGUGGACCUGCAGUACGAAGGUGCUGAAUGUGGAGUGAAUGCAGAUGUUGAGAAGCAUCUUGAACUGGGCAAGAAAUUACUCGCAGCUGGGCAGCUGGCCGACGCUCUAUCUCAGUUUCAUGCUGCAGUAGAUGGUGAUCCUGAUAACUAUAUAGCUUAUUAUCGAAGAGCUACUGUCUUUCUAGCUAUGGGCAAAUCAAAAGCUGCACUUCCUGAUUUAACUAAAGUGAUUGAAUUGAAGAUGGAUUUCACUGCAGCAAGAUUACAGAGAGGCCAUUUAUUACUGAAACAAGGAAAACUUGAUGAAGCAGAAGAUGAUUUUAAAAAAGUGCUCAAAUCUAAUCCAAGUGAAAAUGAAGAAAAGGAAGCCCAGUCCCAGCUUACAAAGUCUGAUGAAAUGCAGCGUUUGCGUUCCCAAGUUUUUGAUGCCUUUGAAAAUUUGGACUAUACGGCUGCUAUAACCUUCCUUGAUAAGAUUUUAGAGGUUUGUGUCUGGGAUGCCGAACUACGGGAACUUCGAGCUGAAUGUUUUAUAAGAGAAGGGGAACCUAGGAAAGCAAUAAGUGACCUAAAAGCUGCAUCAAAAUUAAAGAAUGAUAACACUGAGGCAUUUUAUAAAAUCAGCACACUGUACUACCAACUAGGAGACCAUGAGCUGUCCCUCAGUGAAGUUCGUGAAUGCCUUAAACUUGAUCAGGAUCAUAAACGGUGUUUUGCACACUACAAACAAGUCAAGAAACUUAACAAGCUGAUUGAGUCAGCUGAAGAGCUCAUCAGAGAUGGCAGAUACACAGAUGCGACCAGCAAAUAUGAAUCAGUCAUGAAAACGGAGCCCAAUGUUGCUGAAUAUACAGUUCGUUCGAAAGAAAGAAUUUGCCACUGUUUUUCUAAGGAUGGGAAGCCUGUUGAGGCAAUUAGAGUUUGUUCUGAAGUUCUACAAAUUGAGCCCGACAAUGUGAAUGCUCUGAAAGAUCGAGCAGAGGCCUACUUGAUAGAAGAAAUGUAUGACGAAGCUAUUCAAGAUUAUGAAACAGCCCAGGAACACAAUGAAAACGAUCAGCAGAUUCGGGAAGGUUUAGAAAAAGCACAAAGACUACUGAAGCAGUCGCAGAAACGAGAUUAUUAUAAAAUCUUGGGAGUAAAAAGAAAUGCCAAAAAACAAGAAAUCAUUAAGGCAUACAGAAAAUUAGCGCUUCAGUGGCACCCAGAUAACUUCCAGAAUGAAGAAGAAAAGAAAAAAGCUGAGAAAAAGUUCAUUGACAUAGCAGCUGCUAAGGAAGUCCUCUCUGACCCAGAAAUGAGGAAGAAGUUUGAUGAUGGAGAAGACCCCCUGGAUGCCGAGAGCCAACAAGGAGGUGGCGGCAACCCUUUCCACAGAAGCUGGAACUCGUGGCAAGGGUUCAAUCCCUUCAGCUCGGGUGGACCAUUUAGAUUCAAAUUCCACUUCAAUUAAACUGUUUUUCUGCUCUUCUUAAUAUUUUUAAAGAUUAAAAACACAAAAACCUUG